AUGCUUUUUCGUAUGCAGAUUGCGAUGCUGUUAUGGGGACUCGGCAUCAACGCAAGAUACCUGGAUCCAGAAUUGCUCCUGGAAGGCCUCGACGAUUACUUUGCUCAGCAAAACAUCCAAUGGAUGGUGAUUGUGCAAAAUCACAUGAUGCGAGAGAAGCAACAGGUGAAGAUCCAAGCAGUGAACAACCAUUCUAAUGCUGAUGUGGUGAGUGACAAAUGUGUCAUAAUUGCCAGAGUGAAUUGUCGAGCUACAGGCGAUGGUUGGCAAAAGCUCCCACGGUGA